ACUUGAUUCGCUAAAACAAAUAAUAUAAAUUUGUCAAACACAGUAAAUAUGAGUUUCUUCACGAAAGUCUUCGGCGGGAAAAAAGAUUCAUCUAUUCCUACAACCGCCGAAGCAAUACAAAAACUCCGAGAGACAGAGGAAAUGCUUAUAAAAAAGCAAGACUUCCUUGAAAGCAAAAUUGAGCAGGAGAUACUGACAGCCAGAAAGAACGGCACCAAAAACAAGCGAGCUGCUAUUCAGGCACUGAAAAGAAAAAAACGAUAUGAAAAACAACUUCAACAAAUUGAUGGAACAUUAUCAACGAUUGAAAUGCAGAGAGAAGCAUUAGAAAGUGCCAACACAAAUACCGCUGUUCUCACCACAAUGAAAAAUGCAGCAGAUGCAUUAAAAGCUGCACAUCAACAUAUGGAUGUUGAUCAAGUUCAUGAUAUGAUGGAUGAUAUUGCUGAACAACAAGAUGUGGCAAAGGAAAUAUCUGAUGCAAUCUCUAAUCCUGUUGCUUUUGGUCAAGAUAUUGAUGAAGAUGAACUAGAGAAAGAAUUAGAAGAAUUAGAGCAAGAAGAACUUGACAAAGAAUUAUUGGGUAUACAGAAUACAGAUGAAUUACCAACAGUUCCUGUAACAACUUUUCCUAAUGUACCUGCAAAGAAAACAAAACCAAAACAAGAAGAAGACGAUGAUUUAAAAGAGUUAGAGCAGUGGGCAUCGUAAGAUAUAACGAAUUCAUUAUUAAGAUAAAAAGGCUCUACAUCCAAUGACAUUCACACAUCUUUGCUGAUAUCAAGAUUAUUUAUAAUGAAUAAUAAAUAUCUUUUUGUUUCUGAUGUUGUAAAGGGAAUGUUCCAAUAAAGUACUUUUUUCAAAUAGAA